AAAAAAAAUCUAUAAAGAUUCACUCAGUACUCCAAGAGAGCUGAUACUGAUAUCAUAUCCCAAUGCCCAAAUCAUCACUUUGUUGUGUGUGAAACCCCUCUGAAACGAUCUUCACAUCAAGCUCCCCUCUUCCUAUAGAUUACAGAAUCUCCAUCCAAAUGUCGCUUUUAUUGCAAUCUCCUCCCUCAUCAGCCCUCUCCUCUUCUUCACGUCAGGAUGGGAGACUAAGGUUCUUAGCUCGAUCCGCUGCGCCCAGAUUUGCUCUCAGCUUCCAGAGGUCGUUUCCUCAAAUUCGCGCCUCCGCCAACUUUUCUUCCUCCCUUGACAAAGGUUUAAGCACUGAAUUUGAUGCCGUUUCAGACUUAAGUGAGAUUGUUCCAGACACCGUCAUUUUCGAUGAUUUCGAGAGAUUUCCACCAACAGCUGCUACUGUUAGCUCCUCACUUCUCUUAGGCAUUUGCAGCCUGCCCGAUACAAUUUUUAGGAGCGCUGUGGAGACUGCAUUGGCAGAUUCAGUGUGUUAUGGGUUGGAAAGCCCCGAUGCUCGAAUGUCCUGCUUCUUUAAUAAGGCUUUGGUGAAAGUUGGCAGUGACCUUGUGAAACUAGUUCCUGGUAGAGUGUCAACUGAAGUGGAUGCUCGUCUUGCUUAUGACACACAUGGCAUUAUUAGGAAGGUGCAUGACCUUUUGACCCUGUACAAUGAAAUUGAUGUCCCUCCAGAGCGUUUGUUAUUUAAAAUUCCUUCAACUUGGCAAGGAAUAGAGGCCUCAAGGUUGCUGGAAUCUGAGGGCAUACAGACACAUUUGACUUUUGUUUACAGUUUUUGUCAAGCUGCAGCUGCUGCUCAAGCUGGUGCUUCUGUUAUUCAGAUUUUUGUUGGUCGCGUUCGGGAUUGGGCCCGCAAUCAUUCUGGUGACCCUGAGAUAGAAGCUGCUCUUAAAAGAGGGGAAGAUCCUGGUUUGGCUUUGGUGACCAAGGCUUAUAACUACAUUCACAAACAUGGAUACAAAUCAAAGUUGAUGGCAGCAGCGGUUCGAAACAAGCAGGAUUUGUUCAGUCUUCUGGGGGUUGACUAUAUCAUUGCACCAUUGAAGGUACUGGAAUCUCUCAAAGAAUCUAUAACUUCCCCAGAUGAAAAGUACUCUUUUGUAAGGAGGCUAUCCCCAAAUUCUGCUGCCUCUUACAGUUUCAGUGAAGAAGAGCUUGUGAAGUGGGACCAGUUGAACUUUGCAUCAUCCAUGGGCCCUGCAGCUGUGGAGCUUCUGGCUGCCGGACUUGAAGGGUAUGCUACACAAGCCAAGCGAGUAGAGGAGUUAUUUGGGAAGAUCUGGCCACCCCCUAAUGUUUGAGAAUAAAUUUGUCUAUAAUGAAAUAAAAAGGAGAAUUCCACUUUCAAGUGCUGUUCCCUUUUCCUCCUGUCUUUGGUUCUCCAUAGUUAACUUUUAUUUAUCUCUAGCAACCGAUUGAAUCACUAAUAAUUUUUCCUUUAAUACUCUUAUUAUAAUCAUCGGACGCUAGUAGGAUUGGGUUUGCCUUGA